CAAGCGGUAAGACCCCUGCUGGAACCUGCCAGUCUGGGUGGGGGGAUGCAUAUAAUGAUGGAGGCAUUACCUUGGAGGGUCUGAUCCAGCCUCUUGCAAUAUGGGAAGACCCCUAAGCAGGGGACCUGGAAAUGGCAGCAAUGGGUGGGGGGCUGAAAGAAAUGGAAGCAACCAUCUGGGAAGCAACCGACCGGCUCUUCGCUUCCUUGGAGCUCUGCUCUGUUGCACAAGAUGGCAGUUUCAGCAAUCCAGGCCUCUGGUCACAGAGAGGAAGGAUGGAAGAAAGCUGAAUUAAGCUUGCAAGCCCAACUCUGGCCUGCUCUCCCUCGGCUCCAGCCCACUGGGGGCUGCACAGAGAGAAGUCUCUUGCUGCUCUGACUCCCCUCCUCAGUAUUUUGCUUCCUACCCAUGGCAGAGACCCCCACGUCUCCCAUCUCUGUGCCAAGCCUCUCCCAAGGACCUGGCCCAGCUCUCUUCCUCUCCCCACCCACAGCUCCCUCCACGCCCACCUUCAAGGCCUCCUGGGGAAUGGGCCCGAAGAGGGUGGCCCUCAUCGCCUGUCUCCUAGUCCUCAUCGUGCUGCUGGUUGCCCUCAUCCUGCUCUUCUUGUUCUGGCGGUCCAGCACUGGCAUUGUGCACAAGCAGCCGGCGGAGAGCUGCAGUGACCACGCUGUGCGGUGCGAUGGGGUUCCCGACUGCUCUCAGAGAAGCGACGAGCUAGACUGUGUGCGCUUUGGGUGGAACCAGUCCUUGCUCCAUGUCUACUCAGGAGCAGAGAGGGAGUGGCUGCCUGUCUGCAGCCAUACCUGGACAGAGGCCUUCUCCCAGAAGACCUGUCAGCAGCUUGGAUUCCUAAAUGCUUCCAACACAGAAUACGUCUCUCUGUCCUUCCCUGGGAAAAGUCUUGUGGCUGGAGGGAUGCAAAAAACCAUUCAGCAGAGUCUCAACAGCUCCCAGUGUAGUUCCAGAAAAUACGUUUCUCUCCGAUGCACAAACUGCGGGCAACGGAUAUCUGGCCGCAUUGUGGGUGGCACCGAAGCUUCUGCCAGUAAAUGGCCUUGGCAAGUGAGCCUCCAGUAUGGGUCUGCUCACAUCUGCGGCGGCACUAUCAUCGAUCCCCAGUGGGUGCUGACCGCAGCCCACUGCUUCUUCAUAAAUAGUGUGAAGAUCCUGGACGAGUGGAAGGUAUAUGCGGGUACUGCUGAUCUCAAGCAGGCGAUGGAGGGAAUCCUGGUCUCUGAAGUCAUCAUCAAUGCCAAUUACAGUGAUGAUCAUGAUGACUAUGACAUUGCCCUGAUGAAACUCUCCCAGCCCUUGGUCCUCUCAGCUCAGGUCCGCCCAGCCUGCCUUCCCAUGUCAGGCCAACGGUUUCUUCCUGGGAGGACAUGCUUCAUCACGGGCUUUGGCAAGAUCAGUGAAAAUGAGGAGAAUACAUCACCCAAGCUGCGGGAAGCAGAAGUGAAAAUCAUUGACUAUCGGCUCUGCAACAGCCAUAAUGUCUAUGAGGGGUUCUUAACCCCCCGGAUGAUGUGUGCCGGGUUUUUGCAAGGGGGCAAAGACUCCUGCCAGGGUGACAGUGGUGGCCCCCUGGUCUGUCAAGACAACAAUCGAUGGUACUUGGCUGGUGUUACCAGCUGGGGAACUGGCUGUGGCCAGAGAAACAAGCCAGGUGUCUAUACCCAAGUCACAAAGCUUCUUGGUUGGAUUUACAGCCAAAUGGAGAGCCAGAGCAACUGA